GCGGCGGACGGAUCACCAUCCGCUUUCGCGCCUGCGCAGACUGAGGGUAUUUUUUUUUUUAAUCCUUUCCCCCCCUUCUCCAGCGGCCGUUCUGCCUAUAUCGCCACCUUCGUAACUGGAGUACGAAACCAAGCGAGACGGGGGGAUGUCGAGGGUCCGCGAGGUGGUGACGCUUCAGUUGGGCCACUACGCGGGGAGCGUGGGCGCUCACUGGUGGGGCCUUCAGGAAGCGCUGUUCUUAUCCAGCGCCGCUGCUUCAAACCCAGAUGAAGGAAUUCUCCACGAUGUCCUGUUCCGAACGGGGAAGACUUUGCAGGGACGGGAGACGUUCACGCCCCGCCUCAUCCUUAUGGACCUCAAAGGAAGUCUCACCACUUUGAAACAGGAGGGAUACCUGUACGAGGACCCAAAAGCAAAUAUCCCCAUCGCUUGGAAGGGGAACCUCACCACGCACCAGCAAGACCCAGUCCCUCCCAGUCCCAUCUUGGAAGGACUUGACCAGCCAGAGGUGAGACUCUGUUGCUCCCCUAAUUUCCAAGAGCCUCCCCCCCCCCCCCAUCUUUUCCUGCUCUGUUUUGGGGACAUGGGUCCCCAACCCCCCCCCGAGGGAGAAAUCUUUACCCCGGUUGCUCUUCCCCAGGUAGCAGAGGCAGUAGCUGCCGUCCCUUUCCCUGUGGCAGAAGGCCAGUCGCUCCCCGACGUCUUGUACGGCCAACAGCCCCGGACGGCCUGGAAUUCGUUGUCUUCUUGUGGCAACCAAGGCGAUGUCCACUGCUUCGCUCAGUCGGUGGUGCUGAGAGGGAUCGGCAAGCAGCAGCAAGUGAGCAACACCCCCCCGGGCACCGAACCCAAAUCUGUUCUUCACAUGUGUGAGACCGGCCAGGAGGUGCUGGCCCGCUACUUACACACAGACUCCCCCAGAACCAUAAGCACCUCGCUCUUGCUGCAAGGCCCUUGCAAGCUGUUGCCUCCGUAUCCCCAGUUCUUCUCCCCUUUCCUGAACAAGCACGGAUUCCUCUCGGAGAAGCCGUCGCGUGCCCCGGCGAAGGUCGAAAGCAUCCCCAUCUUAGCUGCCUUCCAGGCCUCGGCUGGCUUACGGAGAACCCUCGGCGAUUUUUACAGAGAGCUGUGUCGAACGGACUUGCGGCGGUGGGUGAGUUUUUUCUCCGCAGGCGUGGAGAUGGAUGACUUCCAGGAGGCUCUGGACGAGCUGCGGACACUGUCCCAGCGCUACAAGAACAGCAGCUCAGCCGACGACUCGGACGACGAUACGGACUAGCCGCCUUCCAGGAACGCCUCGAAUGCUUAUUGGCUCCGAUUGCAUUUAAAAUAACCGAAAUAAAAUGUGCCAAGGCUGCCUCCUCUGCGUGUUUUUAAG